AUGGGUUGCUGCUUUACAAAAAAAAAGAACCAACUCAAACCAACAAAAGCUUAUGAAUACAUGAAUACUAAUAAUCAAAAUAAUAAACAAUAGGAACUUGAAUAAUCAUUCAUUCAAGAUGUGGAAGUUAUAAUAAUUGAUAACAAAGAAGAAGAGCUUGAAAGACACUCACUCAAAUCAGAUUAAGAUAUUCAUCUUUGGGAAUAAGGAGAAGUACUAGGAUAAGGUGCUUUUGGAAAAGUUGUUAUGGGACUCUAGAAAAAUGGACAAAUCAUGGCUGUGAAAUAAGUUUUCAUUUAAAAUCAAAAUGAUGAUAAAGUGAAACAAUUAUAAAAAGAAAUUGAAAUGCUGAGUAGAUUACAACAUCCGAAUAUAGUGCGUUAUAUAGGAUGUGAAUAGAGAAACCAAUUCAUAAAUAUCUUUCUAGAAUAUGUAAGUGGAGGCUCGGUCUAAACUUUGCUGGAGAGAUUUGGAUGUUUUAGAGAGAGACUUAUCAAAACAUAUUUGAAAUAAAUACUGUUAGGAUUAAGUUAUUUGCAUGCAAAGAACGUCAUUCAUAGAGAUAUCAAAGGAGGAAACAUUCUAAUUGACAAUUCUGGUAGAUGUAAAUUAGCAGAUUUUGGGAGCAGUAAGCAAUUGAGUGAUAUAACUCAUGAUAGCAUAGGAUCUAUUUGUGGAACUCCCAAUUUCAUGGCUCCAGAAGUAAUUAAUCAGGAACAGUAUGGAAAAAAGGCAGAUAUUUGGAGUCUAGGUUGUACUAUUAUAGAAAUGGCUACUGGAUAACCUCCCUAUUCUGAGUAUAAAGAUGCAAUUGCUGUUAUGGUCAAAAUAGGUAAAUCUACACAACCACCUCCUAUCCCACAAUAAUUGUAAUCUCCUGAGGCUAAAGAUUUUCUAUCUAAAUGUCUGUAGAUUGACCCUAAAUAAAGAGCUACAGCUGAUGAACUCUUGAAGCAUUCUUUUUUAGAGGAACCUAAAUAAAAUUUAAUGUUGAAAAAAACAUCAUCUUAUACUUUUAAUUAAAGGCAGGUCUAAAAAUGUAAUUAUCAACAAAAAAAUUCUUUUUUGCUAGAUGCUGAAAAUUAAGACUAAUAAAUUGAACCUGUCUCCCCAUAAUUUUAAGGGUAAUAGGGUUAAAGUUCAACAGAAACGAAUAAAAUUGCAGUUAAGAAGAAAAAGGAGAAACCAUUAUAUUAAUUGGUUAUAGAGCCAGAGUAAAACGAUUGCAUCUUAACAGGAUAAGAAACCAAUAUAGUUGAGAAUCGAAACAAGUUUUAAUUUUCCGAGUUUAAUGAAGUUAACCUCAAAGAAACCUACAUAAAACCAUUUAAUAAGGAGAAUAAGGAUAAUUUAUAAAAAGAGUUGGAUAGAAUCUUAGGAUAAUACAUCAACUGA